UCCUCAACUUGCACUAGGGUACAACAAAUUAACAAAGCGCAACGCAUAGAGUAUGGAUAGCAACCACUACACAGAGAUAUUAUACUACCUCUCCCCCCACCCCCACAUCGCACACAUGGAUUCCCUCUUUCUCCUCAGCACAGAAGCUCGAAAGCGCUUCCUACAAAGCGUGUCCCGCAUCCUCGGUUGCUCCUAUAUUUGCCUCUGGUCUCCUCGCUCCACUUACUUGAUAUGCGUAGAUUGCUGGUUCCACGAAGAUGAUAGCGCGCAGCCGAGUUCCCUAUCGAAGAUAUUGUUCGACGCGUAUCGGAGUUCGCCUUGUAGCAUCGUAACUGGGUGUGUUCCUGGAAUGGCAUACAAGGAUGGGUCACCAUAUAUCGAGCUAAUCGGUUCUAACCUCGUGAACUCGGCUUCGACGCAAGUGCAACAACAGUUCUAUCAGGAAGCAGGGAUUAAGACGGCUAUUUUUAUGGGGUGCGAGAAUGGAGAGAUCGAAUUAGGGAUGACGACGACGACCACGAGCAAUAGCAACAUGCAAAUGAACAUCCAGCAAGUUUUCUCCGAGGAUUUCAUCCAACAAUCGUUGUUAGGAGACCAACCCCCCCCGCCGCCAUCGUCCUCUUCGUUGCGGUCUCUCUCGAUGGGAAGCCCACCCGAAUUCUCCUCUUUCAAGGGAAGCACUUCUUCUUUCAUGCCGCCCGAGGCCUACGCUCGGCUCCCAUUCCCGACCCCUGCCGCCGACGAUGCGGCGAUGGCACAAGCCAUGCUCGCAGUUAUCUCUUCUUCACCUCCUCCUUCGUUGCUUUACCAACCCCCACAACGAGAGCAAGCACCCCGCCAAAGGGCGUUCAAGGCCUACAAUGCGGCACUCCGGCCCAAGACUGACCCCGUUAAGCCGGGCGUUCCCGGGCAGAAGAUGAUUAAAAUGGCGGUGUCGAUGUUGAGAAGAGUGCAUAUGAUGAGGUUCGAGGCUCGGAUGCCGGAGCCACGGCCGACGAGCAACCAGUUGCACCAUAUGAUAUCGGAGCGCAGGAGGCGAGAGAAGAUCAACGAGAGCUUUCAUGCACUGAGGAUGCUACUUCCACCAGGGUCUAAGAAGGAUAAAGCUUCAGUACUUGCCAAGACAAAGGAGUAUGUGAACACUCUAAAAGCUCAGAUAUCCGAACUCGAGGAGAAGAACCGAAUGCUCGAAUCGCAACUCCCUCCGCCAACUGAGCAAAUGAAACAAGUCGACAGCGGUGAUUCCAGCAACAGAGUGGAAGUUCAGAUCAGCAGUGGAUCUGAAUCAACGUCAGAAACUCGACAGAUCAAUUUGAAUGUGAUAGUCAGGGUAGAGUGCGACACGAUCGACGUCCUGCUUCGUAUACUUGAAUUCCUAAAAGGGAAUGGGAAUAUUAACUUGGUAUCAAUUAACGCAAGGAGCACUCAGCCACAAUCAAAUACAUAUGCAUCGGCCAAUCUAACAUUCCAAGUGAAGGCUAGUGACUGGGACGAGGAGUCGUUCAAGGAAGCCGUGACCAAGGUUGUUGAGGGUGCGGUGGCGCGACAAAACGACUAAAUCAAUCGUGGCCGGGUCCGAUCGAUCGUCUGAGGGUUGGCCCAUCAAUUUUGACCAAAAUUAAUUUAUGUAGAUUAAGGGAGAGGUUAUAGUACUCUAUAUAUAUAUAUAUAUAUAUAAUAAUUAGGAGGUAAAAGUUAGUUGAUGAAGGGAAGUACAUGGAUUUCAAAUCCAUUCAAAGUUGGUGAUCUAAUCAGUUUGGGAGAGAAAAGAACCAUUGGAUGGAGAUAGGAUAGAAUUGGGUGGUUGAUUUUUAUUUUUAUUUUUUAGGAUAUUUGCUUUGGUUGGUAGAUGAAGGAGCUAAUAAAAGAGUAGAGAGAAAGAUGGAAGGAAAACAUUUACUUUUUAAAGGCCUUUGACAGGUCAAAAUUUAUGUACUUGAU